GCUUCCCAUGUACUUGAAAUAAACUCCCACUUUGAUAGUAUUCUUAAAUUCCUUCAUGAUAAGUUCAGUUAUCCUAUCAGUAUACUUUUGGUUCUCAUCAAUAUAGGCAUAAAAUUCUAAGUAUUACUGCUCCCCUUCUUUUAAUUAUUACAGAUUGUUAAUUCGAAACGAUGUCUAAAUUUAACAAAAAUGCUGUGUAUUCUGGUGUCAUAGACUAUUACUGUCUUGUCUGUGAGGAGUAUAUGAAAACCGUUGACGAUGUCGAAGUGCAUAUAAAUAUACAGGACCAUGAGAAAAAUUUGUGUAGUACAUUUUAUUUUACACCAAGUCAUCAGAUAUAUAAGACAACACUAAUCAUGUAAUGUCAAUGUUUAUUACAGGUCGAUGCUGGAUACUAUUGUGAAUUAUGUAAUCAACUGUAUACAUCGCGUACAAGAGUAAAAAUUCAUGUCGCUGACGCAGGCCACAUUUCAAACAAGAGUCUUAUAAAACGUGAUGGGAAUUUAAUUCUAAUUCGUAAUGAAAUUCCUAUCGAUGAAAAAACAUGGAAUAGCUUUACAGAUAAAACAUGUUUAAUGUGUGACGAGGACUUUGAUGAUGAAACUAAACACCAAAAUGACAAGAAACAUAUUUUGAAUUUGAUACAAAGCAAAAUUGAGUUUCGAGAUACGGCAGCGUUUAGAAAGAUUAAUGACAAUUUCUUUCAAUGUUUGACUUGUAACGACGCCGUGGAUUCUGCUCACUUUGAGUUAAAGGUGCAUACAAAGAAAUAUGAAAAUUCCCGUAUUACAAUUAUUCCCACUACUACUGAACAAAAGCGGAAUAAGAAACAAACUGACACUAUUACCGAACAAAAGGGGAAUGAGAAAAAAACUGACACUACUACCGAUGUACAGGGGAAUGAGAAAAAAACUGACUCUAUUACCGAACAAAAGGGGAAUGAGAAAAAAACUGACACUACUACCGAUGAACAGGGGAAUGAGAAAAAAACUGACACCACUACCGAUGAACAGGGGAAUGAGAAAAAAACUGACACUGCUACCGAUGAACAGGGGAAUGAGAAAAAAACUGACACUAUUACCGAUCAAAAGAGGAAUGAGAAACAAACUAACGAACAUAAAAAUGGAACAAAAACAAAAGAGAUUGUAAACAAAAAAAAAAUCAAUGAGCAUGUAGAGAAAAUGUAUGCCGACAUUGAUCAGGACAUAUGCAAUAAAUUAGGCGCUAAAAAUUAUAUCUUGUGUUCAGACAAUAAGAAUUGGUGCUUGAUUUGUGACUGGAUUUUGGAAGCCAAUGUAGUUGCUUCACACUUAAAGUCGUAUCACCAUACUACGCUGUUAAAAUUGCACAAAGAACGUAUGGAGAAAGAAACUCAUACUCAGGCGGAAUUAGACAUUAAGAACACGAACAAUAAAGAUUCUACAGUUGAUCCCACAAAACAGAGCAUUGAUCCUGUAUCUGACGAUUUGAUGGAUUCUAUAAUGUACUUUGAACAAAGUGGUGUAAAAAUAAAUUUGGAAAUGCGCACAGCUUACUGCUCACGGUGUUCCGACAAUUUAGAUUUUCAAUACAAAAUUAUCAAAAGUCAUCUUGAAGGUCAUAAGACUAAUAAGAGUCUAAACACCGAACAUAAAGACAGCAACAGUGACAAUCAACAUAAAGUCACAAAGACAAAGAAAAGCAAAGGUAAAGAAAAUAAGGACGAUAAACUUGAAGAUGUCCAGAGAUUUGCUAAAAACAAUGCUUUAAUUUUGAAAAAUAACAAGUAUUAUUGUAGUAUAUGCAGUGAAUCUCUAAAUAUCUCCUUGAAAGUUUUACAAGAUCAUAUUACAGGAGAUGCACAUUCGAAAAGCAUUCAGAGACAGACUAAGCUAAACACAUCUGCAAAAUCAUCGCUGCAGGAUUUUAUUAACAUUGUCGAUGUUUUCGAGAAUUUAUUUACCAAAGAUAUUGUUAUCAAUGAGAAGUAUUGCAUCAAUACUUUUAGUUUUUUACUUUACACAAAAUGUGGCAAUAAUUUGAAGUGUGUGCUUUGUGAUGAACAGUUUAGUGUGGAUAAAAGCAAAUUCCAUCGGUUGACGCAUCUAAGUAAAUUUCAGAGUCUUUGUGUUUUGACGUCUUUAGAUGACGAAUUCGUGAUAGAGAUACGCCCCAAUGUACUUCAUUGCGGUUAUUGCAAUUUGGUUAUCGGGGAGGAAACUCUGUCCAAUCAUCUGAACAGUACUUUACACGAAGAGAGCAAACGAUCAGCAAAUAAUCGCUUGGAGAUGUACCUACCCGAAAUAAUGCAGAUACACAAUGAGCAUGCACCAAGAAUGACGCUUAUGGAUCUGUUCAAAAAUAAUAUUCCGCUUUGAGUAGUUGACACCUGAAUAAACGACAUCUUUUUAUUAAUAUACCUAUUCUUAUUAAUAUAUACUCGUACGUAUUAAGAAUAAUUGAGAUUUUUAAUUAAAUUAAAUGAGAGAAGUAAUUAGAUAUAUAAUUAAAUUAUGAUUCGGAGAAAUCGAAUUCAAUGGUAAAUAUUUUGGAAUAGUUUAUAAAGAUUUGGUUUAUACUUUUCUUUUCGUAUGUUUUUUUAUCUAUUUCAUCUAUAGUUAUAUAGGUUCAUGCUAACUAUUAAAAUAGUUGGCAUGUAAAUACAUGCCAACUGUU